AAUAUUGGAUUCGUUCAUUACUUACAUUUUGUCGUAUCGCUCGAACGUUUCCCGCUGGUCGCGAAACGUUUGUCCUAUUCCUCUGUGUUAUAUAUUUAUUUACAAGACACACGACACACAAUAUGUCCGGACGCGGCAAAGGCGGCAAAGUCAAGGGGAAGGCGAAGUCGCGAUCCAAUCGCGCCGGUCUUCAGUUCCCGGUGGGCCGUAUCCAUAGGCUGCUGCGCAAGGGCAACUACGCGGAGCGCGUCGGUGCCGGCGCUCCGGUCUACCUGGCGGCCGUCAUGGAGUACCUCGCCGCCGAGGUGCUAGAGUUGGCCGGCAACGCCGCUAGGGACAACAAGAAGACCAGGAUCAUACCGAGACACCUGCAGCUCGCCAUAAGGAACGACGAGGAGUUGAACAAGCUGCUCUCCGGUGUCACCAUCGCUCAGGGUGGCGUCCUCCCUAACAUACAGGCGGUGCUCUUGCCCAAGAAGACCGAGAAGAAAGCUUAAGAGGUCUCGCUUCUCGUUUGCGCUCGCAUUCAUUCACAUUCACAUUCACAUUCACACUCGCACUCCGACUAGCACACCUGCGCGGCGCGCGCUCGCCGGUCGAGUCCUUACGUCGUCGUCGCGGUGUGUCUUAUGUGUGUGGUGUGGUGUGGUGUGAUGUGAUGUGACGUGAAUGAGAAAAAAAAAAAUAAUAAUAAUAAUAAAAAGGCCCUUUUUAGGGCCGCAA